CCCGCUACGCCUCGCGAGGGCCGACUGCGCUUGCGCGCCUCCGCCUCCCGUGACAGGAAGGGAGAAACCAGAGGAGCUUCGUCGAGCCGCGAUUGGGGGAUUUUGGGUUCUGUCCCAUGGAUGCAGACAGUCCCUGAUAUGAAGGAGUAGGGCUGGCUCUGAAGGCUGCCUGCUGCAUUCGGUUUUGCCUUUGUUGACAUUCACACACAGAAAAGAACUGACACUGGAGCCGCAAAUAUGUCUGCUUAUUCAAAAAGCCACAAUCCUUUCGAUGAUGAUGAUGAUGAUGAAGACUUAAAGCCAGUAAAGUGGAAUGAAAGUAACGAACCUCCUAGGGAGGGCCCUGAUAGACAGCGGUAUCUACAGCAAGAAGUCCUGAGGCGAUCCAAGGCCACAGUGGAUAGCACUAACCACUCUCUGUCCCUCAUUUAUGAGUCUGAACAUGUUGGAGUAGCCACAGCAGAGGAGCUUGUGCGGCAGGGGGAGGCACUGAAGCGCACUGAGCGCAUGGUGGAUAAGAUGGAACAAGAUUUAAAAACAAGCCAAAGGCACAUCAACAGCAUUAAGAGUGUGUUUGGUGGCUUUGUAAAUUAUUUUAAAUCCAAGCCACAAGAGGUCAAGCCUGAACAAAACGGGGCUUCUGAAUACCAAGCAAGCACCAGAUUAAAAGAUGCCAUGUCUGUCAGUAAAGUUCAAGAGUCAAACUACCAAGAGAGUCAUCCAAAUUUACGGAAGCUGGAUAAUUCAGAGGAUAGUUUCAGAGGAACAAGUUCAAAUUCUUCAUCCCAAUCUGAUGAGUACCCCAAGAAUCAGCAUCUCCGAGCCUACCACCAGAAAGUCGACAGAAACUUGGAGGAAAUGUCCUUGGGGCUAGGUCGCCUGAAGAACCUUGCUCUGGGCUUCCAGACUGAAAUUGACGAGCAGGAUGACAUCCUGGAUCGCCUCACUCAAAAAGUGGAUACUCUGGACAUCAAUAUUAAAACCACAGACAAAAAAGUCAAGGAGCUCUAAGGAGUUCUAAUGGCUCCACUCCAUGCAGGAACUCAUUGUCCCUUCUACGAUUUGACAUUGUCUUGCUGUGUGGAGAGACAACCAGCAUAAGGAAAUGGCUAAUGUGAUUGGCUUGCCUUGUAAUUAAAAAUGAAUGUCCUUAAGUCCAAUCCAAAUUUUAAUCCAUGUUCUUGACUGUAUGGGUAGAUAAUGGCACUUUCAGGUGUUUGCUAGGGCUCCUAAUCCUGAAGGAAAUCCUUCUUUCUGGACAAACUCUUCUGUGAAGGCUGAGCCACUUUUCAGUGCUGUUUGGCCUUAACUGUGUCACGUAUUCGAUGUGGUAGGAGUAUGUGCCUGACCGAUUUCACCACAAGCAUUACUCUCUGCUCAUUUGUUGAAGAAUUCCUGGAUACAAGCUGUAGGGUCGCGCUAAACCAUCUGUUGUUCACUGUUUCAAGGCUUGUGCACAAGACACUUCGGAGACAGCCGGCACAAAGUCAAUCAAACAUUGGUUUUGAUUAUUUUUCUCCUUUACACACUGAAAGGGGUGUGCCAGUGCUGGAAGGGUAUAAUAUGAGGAAGUGUAUAUUGAGAAAAGAGGUUUAACCCAAAGAACAUAUUGCUCAUUUUAAAGUUUGUUCUUUUUUAAAAAAUACAUACUUAAAGGGAUCCCUAGAAUGUAGCACAAAUGGUUCUGCAUACCCAGAGGGGCUUUGAAACUUUGAUUCUUGAACAGUAGCUGUCACCAGCACCCUCUGUGCUGGCCUCCCCCAGCCUGGUACCCUCCCUUUUUGGGGACUACAGCUCCCAAGAUACCUGACUGUUGGCCAUGCUUGCUGGAGCCAGUGAGAACUGAAAUUCAAAACUCCUGGACAGUACCAGAUUGGGAAAGUCUGCUGUAUGGCAAAGUGUUUCUACAACAGGUUAUGGAUAUGAAAGUGUAUAAUCUGGUAUGCAAGUCUGCUCUCCUGCCCUGGGCAUGCCUUAAGCGGCUCUCUGGAUAUUGGCCAGUAGGCAUACUCACCUGCUUCGGAAAUGUUUAUCAUGCUAAUUUAUCUGGGAUGUUUCUGGUGCACAAGGUCAAGGAUCCCAGUGCUAAAAGGACCACCCUACUGCCACACUGCUCUGUAAAUAAAUCCAUCAUAGCUCCUC